AUGUUCUGGCAGUCCAGCGUGGAGUGGCAUGAGUUUUUAGGGUUCAGCCAGGAUGACGAGGGUGAUAGUGGUGGUGGUCAGCCCCAACCUGCAGGUAACGGGGCCCGCGCCCCAAGCGGUACGCAAGCAGUUAGGGUUCGCCGCAGCCAGGGCCAGGAUAAUGGUAGUCAACCCGCAGGAAACGGGGCCCGCGCCCCAAGCAGUUCGCAAGUAGUUAGGGUUAGCCGCAGCCAGGGCCAGGAUGAUAGUAGUCAACCCGCCAGCAGCAGGGCCCGCGCCCCAAGCGGUUUACAACCAUGCCCGGACCAGCACCAUCCCACCACCACCACCGAUAUUAGGGUUAGGGUUAGCCAUGCGCAGGAGGGUGGUGGUCAGCCCGCAAGCAGCGGGGCCCGCGCCCCAAGCGGUUCCCAAGCAGUUGGGGUUAGCCCCGGGCAGCCCAGCGGCCAUGCCAACGUUAGGGUUAGGGUUAGUCCAGCCACUACGACAUUAGGCAAGCGCAAGCGCGCGCCAUGGCAGGCCGAGGCCGAGGAGCACCAGUGGGAGCGCCGGCAGCAGUUACAGGCCAUGGACAUGACCACCGCGAUGCAGCAGAUGACCGGCCAGGCCCGCAUGUAG